GCCCCUUGAGCCCCAAGUCUCCACGGCUGUCCUCUAUUCAUAUAUUAACUAGUGCUCAUGCUCGCACGUCGUCUAUUACGCACCACAUCCGCUCGCUUGAGUCUCCGCGAUGCCGCCCCGCACAUCCUGCGGCGUCCAACUCCGUUGGCUGCGUCAACAUCCCCGUUGACGUUCCGCUCCUUCUCCAUGAUCGUGCACGAGUCGCCGCACCCGGAAGUGGAAAUCCCGGACAAGACCAUUUGGGACAUCGUCGGGGACCAGUUGAGCGUUCACGCGGACAAACCCGCUUUCAUUGACGGCAUCACGCACCAGCAUGUGUCGUUCAAGGAGCUCCAUGAACGAGCUCGGCGGUUCGCCAUUGCUUUGGCCAAAAACGGCGUCAAGAAGGGAGACUCGGUCAUCGUGCACUCGUUCAACUGCCUGGACUACCCCACAGUUGUACUCGCGCUGACUUCGCUUGGUGCUGUGUGCUCUCCUUCGUCACCUAUGUUCCUGCCGGACGAACUGGCCGUUCAGGUCAAGGCGUCGAAGGCCAAGUACAUUAUCACCCACAAGGACCUGAAGAAGACCGCAGUCGAGGCUGGCAGAAUGUGUGGCAUUGAAAACAAGUUCAUCUACACGAUGGGCAAGUCUGCUCAAGGCCUCAAAAGCAUUGAUGACCUCGUUCAGCAUGACGACGACAGCUUCCAAUUUGAAAAGAUCGACCCGGAGAGCAACGUCAUGCUGCCGUUCUCUAGUGGAACGACGGGUAUCCCCAAGGGCGUCGCAUUGAGCGCCAGGAACAUGUUAUCGAACGCGCUGCAGGUCGACCAUGUGCAAGAUCUGUGCGGAUACUCGCUUGGCUUGCUGCCUUUCUUCCACAUCUACGGCAUGAUGAUGAUGCACUUAUCAAUGUACCAAGGUGCUGCCAAGGUGAUCCUGCCUCGAUUCGAGCCCGAGACGUUCCUCAAUGCAUUGUCCACUUACAAGAUCCGCGCGGCCCACAUUGCUCCCCCCGUGGCUCUGUUCCUGGCUCACCAUCCUCUCGUCGAGAAGUACGAUAUCUCGGCAACACAAUUCCUGGUCUCUGGUGGAGCACCCAUGGGCAAAGAAGUGGAGAAGCUCGUCAAGGACCGACUCAAGGUCACAGUGAAGCAAGCGUACGGCAUGACUGAAGCUUCGCCUGCUGUUAACUACGCCGAAGACGCCAAUCGCAAGCCGGGAAGUGUUGGUCGACUGCUACCAAACACGCAGCUUCGUGUCAAGUGCACUGCUACCGACAAAGACUUAGGUGUGGGUGAGCACGGUGAGCUGCUGUACAAGGGCCCUCAGGUUAUGCUCGGUUACUCCAACAACGCCGAAGCGAACAAGAGCGUGUUCACUGAAGACCGCUUCUUGCGCACUGGUGACAUUGGUUUUAUCGACGAGGAUGGCUUUGUGUUCAUCGUCGAUCGCGUCAAGGAGCUCAUCAAGUACAAGGGACAUCAGGUGGCACCGGCUGAGUUGGAGGACGUGUUGAACCACCACCCGCAGAUCUCGGAUGCGUGCUGUGUGCGAGGCAAGGACGCCAUGGGAGAGGAGAUCCCUAAGGCCUAUGUGGUACUAAAGGACCCGACGAACGCUGCCGGACUCAAGGAAGAAGACGUCAUGGACUUUGUGGCUUCGAAGGUCGCUCCGUUCAAGAAGGUGCGCCAGGUGGAGUUCAUCGACGCCAUCCCGAAGAGCGCGACCGGCAAGAUCCUGCGACGUGAGCUCCAGGCGUAUGAGAACCAGCACCACAAGAAGGCGAAUGCGGCGUAGGCAUGUAAAGAAAGCUAUUCACAUCAGCGUAACGCAGCGUUAAAUGUAAGUCACCCCACCUAUUAGAUCG